UUUGGGGCAGACAAUCAUCAGCUUUCGUCUGCCUGCACAUACUUGAAUAGAAUAGAUGUGUGUCGCUGCCACCCAUGCUGUUUGCAUUGCCACCUAUUCGUACCCGGUGAGAGAAAGAGAGAGUGAGAGAGAGGGAAGUAAAAACACCAUGCCCCAAACCAAAGUGGAAAGUGCCGAAUCAACGGAAUCAAGCGAAGAGGUCACCUACAAGGUUUUGGUUACCCACCCUGAGGUGCCCAAAGAAGCUUUGGACUUAAUGGGCCGUGGCUGUCAGCUGAUUAUGUGCAAUAGUCUACCUGCAAAUCGCAGCGAAAUUUUGGAAAAGGCCAAGGGAGUUCAUGGCAUGUUCUGGGCUACCUACCUUCCAUUGGAUAAAGAGGUAUUGGAUGCUGCCGGUCCCCAAUUGAAAUCGAUUUCAACCAUGUCGGCAGGCAUAGAUCAUGUUGAUGUGCCCGAAUUGAAGAAACGUAAAAUUCCCUUGGGCCAUACACCUACUGUCUUAAAUUACGCAGUGGCUGAUACAGCCAUGGGUUUGAUGUUGGCAGCAGCUCGCAGAUUCCAUGAAGGACGCAAUAAAAUUGAUAGUUCCACUUGGGAAAACUAUCAUAUCGAAUGGAUGUGGGGCCAAGAUAUUCGUGAUGCCACUGUUGGCUUCUAUGGUUUUGGCGGUAUUGGUCAAGCCAUUGCCCAACGCCUCAAGGGUUUCGAUAUUGAUAGCAUCAUCUAUACCACACGCAAGCGUGUAGCCAAGGAUAUCGAAAAGGAAUAUAAUGCUGCCAAAGUAUCGUUUGAUGAGCUGUUGGCUCAAAGUGAUAUCCUUUUCAUAGCUACUCCCUUGACCCCCGAAACUGAGGGUGUCUUUAACAAGACCACCUUCUCUAAGAUGAAGAAGACUGCUGUCUUGAUCAACAUUGCCAGAGGCCAAAUUAUUAAUCAAGAUGACCUGUAUACCGCCUUGAAGAACAAUCAAAUCUUUUCCGCUGGCCUUGAUGUUGUGUAUCCUGAGCCCUUGCCUGCUAAAGACAAGCUAUUGACGUUGCCUAAUGUUGUCAUUACUCCACACAUUGGCUCCGCUACCAAGCGCACGCGCACUGACAUGGCUACGAUUGCUGCUCACAAUGUCUUGAGGGGUUUGGUUGGUCAACCCAUGCUGUCACCGGCAUAUUAAGCAAACGGGUUAAUUGGGCUACCACAGAACUGGUUUCAGGAAGCAUAUAUUCAGGUUCAUGUCAAGAAAUACAGAACAAAGUAACAAUGUACUGUAAAUAUUUGAUCUGAUUUUCAGUGUUGCAAUAAAUAAAUUCAAACAACAA